AUGGUCAUGAGAAUCUUCUUCUUUCUUUUCCUCUUGGCCUUUGCGGUUCUCACUGCAAAUGCAUCAGUGAAUGACUUCUGCGUGGCCGGCGGCCCUGGAGCCCGCGACACCCCUUCAGGCUUCGUGUGCAAGAACACCGCCAAAGUCACAGCCGCCGACUUCGUCUACUCUGGCCUGGCAAAAUCCGGCAACACCACCAACGCCGGCAAUGCCGCCGUUACUCCGGCGUUCGUGGCUCAGUUCCCGGGAGUGAACGGGCUGGGAGUCUCCCUUGCCCGCCUCGACUUGGCACCCGGCGGAGUGAUCCCCAUGCACACCCACCCCGGCGCCUCGGAGAUCUUGAACGUCGUGGAGGGCACGAUCCUCGCCGCCUUCAUUUCCUCCGGCAACAAGGUAUACGAGAAGACGCUGUACCCCGGCGACGUGAUGGUUUUCCCUCAGGGACUCCUGCAUUUUCAGGUGAACGCCGGGAAAGGCAGCGCCCUGGCUUAUGCGAGCUUCGGCAGCGCCAAACCGGGGCUGCAAAUCCUUAAUUUCGCGCUGUUUGCCAACGAUAUUUCCACCAAGACCAUUGCCGGGACCACUUUCCUCGACGAAGCUACCAUUAAAAAUAAUUGCAGAAAGAAAAAAAAAUGGUGA